AUGGAGAUUUCAGCCACAGCUGGGGAGUCCGAGCUGCACUUUGAAGUCUGCAAGGCGGACCGUGAUGAAGUUUGGCCACCUGAGGGAUCAGUUCAUGCGAAGGUCAUGCUUGAUGCAGAUGUUUCUGGUUUGAGAGCGAGACGCAGUAUGCCGCUGGAUAGCUCUGUGCUGCCUGGUGCCUGCCUAGUGGCAGAUAUUUCGAAGACCAGACUUCAGGCGGGCGGAAGCGUGAAAAAGACCGGCCUCACCUGGCAUCCAAACGUCCAGGAAACUCGGCCGUUCCAAGGAGAUCGAGGUGCUCGUCGCAACACGCCUUUCCUGCCGGCAAACCCUCCGAUUCAGGAGGCCGAAGAGAGGCGCCCCCAGACCAACCAGACCAGGAGAUCCGUGCAAUCGGAAGAUGCAAGGUCCAGCAAAACUGACUGCAGCAACCCGCCCCAACCUAUCUCAAUGCAGCUGGACCUGCCGGAGACGCAGAAGAUCUCCAAGCCCAGAGGGCAGGCUCCCCGAAACAACUCCGUGCCUUCACCUGAUGCGAGCCAGGGCCGAGCCUCUGUUUCCAAGGACUCUCAGAGCAGCUCAAGCUAUGAGCCACUCAGGCGCCGCAGCUCCAGCCAACGCUGGAGGGUGUUCCAGGGCCAAGAGAAGGACAGCUGGAGGGAUCCUAUUCGGCGUUCAAAGAGCCAGCCGGCCGACGACCUGUCAGAGAAGAAGCAGCACACUGAUGCACAGAGCCACGGGGACCUGGCCACGCUGACCAGUGAGCGCCAGCAGGCUCCAACGCACAUGCAGGUAGACGCUUCUGACAGUGGCAGCUUGUCGCAGUAUGCAUCACAGGAUGAGCCAGCCCCUGCAGAGCUGCCAAAAGCCAGAAAUUCGGCUCGGUCUUCCGAUGCCAGGCAAUCAAGAGAGUGGAGACUUUCGGCUCCCCCACAGCGGCGAACAAGCAUGGUCGAGGCUGCGUCUGACGGAAGCGCUCGAGGAGGCAGAGCUUCGGUGACGCGAUCAUCCGCUUUCGCUUCGGGGGGUUCGGAGAGGGCCAGCGACUUCAGCUGCAAUGGGGCCAGUCACGUUCAAGGUUCAUUCCGCUUGCGGUCGUCUGGCAUGCAGGGCCAGGUGGAUGGGACACGCAAGCCAAGCGGCCACUGUGCAUCAGACUCUAGGGGUAGCCGCUUGUCGAAACGCUCGAACCGUGCACCAUCUCAGACAUACCUUCAGCGCUUUACGUGCCGCUACACGGAGCCGCGAGCGGUCACGUUUAGUGGCCUGCGUCAGGAACACCCCUGCUUCGUAGAUGCUAACUGUGCAGAAGGACUUCUGGGCAGGGACCGCACGGCUCUGCUGGUGUUAUUGGAGCAGGCCGAGCAUUCCGUGGCAGCCGUGAGGCGCCAAAACUCACUGGCAGAUGCUGCCACAAUGCCGAGACUUCUUGCUAGCCUCAGUGCAGAGUUCGUCUUGCAUGCGCGAGAAGUGCGUGGUGGACAUUUGAAGACGCUCUGUGAAGAACCAGUGGUGCUCGUUGUCCUACAACGUCUCAUAGAAGUGCUGGACGCUCUUGUGCCGGUCGGGGCCGGCACCGCAGAUGCUGUCGCUUUCGCGGAACCAGAUACUUGUAUCAUGGGCGGUGAGGCUGCUUUGCAACACACUGAAUCAGUUCUGGAGUCGCUCCGACAGGCGUUUGACCCGCAUGGUUUCAUCACAGAGUGCAUGUCGUACUUGGGCAGAAAGAACCUGGAGAAGCAGCUGUGGAAUGAACCGAAGCUGGAGUGCUUGGUUGAUCAGAUGGAUGUCCUGGCCCUGCUGGCUGUUCGCAUCGCAUUGGAGUGGGACCCGCCCUGCUCUGUGCCCAAACCAAUAGACGUAGCUACGAGCACCCAAGAACGUUUCUUCCAAACGGUCCUGGAACGACUGGAGCAUCUCAUGGAGCCAAGGGGUGUAAAGCCCCAAGCCGCCCAAGCCCAAAACCUGGCGCAUCUGGCCUUGGCUUUGGAGACUCUCUUCGUGAUGCUUCGGUCGGACCCUGGCCUGGAGCGACUUCGCAGCGUGACCUUGAAACCGACCCAUGGAUCUGACAGUUCUCGUGGGAGUGAUGCAACCGCGUGGUUGGCUUUACUGACCGUCGAUGUCGUGCAGCUGUUCCUGGAGCAUGCAGAGACCGUGCCGAUCCAAUCCCUGCAGCUCGGCUUGCCAGCCGCCGUACGCGUUCUCACUUUGCUUCUGGAUGCAGCAACAGAUCUGGGGAGAAUUCUGGACCGAUUUGUACGAAUUCUUGGCCAGAUCUUAUCUGCUGCCACGCUGACAACGCCCCUGCUGCUAGCCCUAGUGGAUAUGGUGAAAGCUCCCAAACCUCGCACCUGGUUCGGAAGCGCCACAGAUGCUGCGAACACGAGGAGAAAGCUUCGAUGCAGCUUGAUCAGGUGCAAGAUGCCCAGCCAAGUUGCUGUUGUGGCGAAGGAAAAGCUCGAAAUCUUGCUGCAACAGUCACAGGACGACUGUGCUGCCACGUUGGCUGAUGAUCGAGGCCCCGUAAGCAAAACGCUGGCUAAGCGAGCCCAGCAGGUCAUAGCAGCUGGUGCGUUUUACGAUGCCGUGGAAGAGCUUGUCUACGAGGUGCACGGUACAUGCUCCGUGCUGGACGAUGAGAUGUCAGACCUGAGGUCUGCCUACGAAGACCUGGACGGUUUGGAGCUAGACGGCGGCAGGAAGCGUGCCUCCUGCAUGAACGCUUUGGGCAACAUGCGCCAAUCUAUUCUGACGAACUGCUUGAUGCCCCAGACCAGGAGGAGAAGUUCUAGAAAAUCUCUGGAGUGA